AUGGCCUCGGCGGCGGCGGGCGAAGCGGAAGAGACCACCCGGCUGCGCAAGCCGCGCUUCUCGUUCGAGGAGAACCAGAUCUUGAUCCGUGAGGUGCGCGCCCACUACCCGCAGCUCUACGGCGCGCAGAGCCGUCGGGUGAGCGUGGCAGAGCGGCGGCGUGUGUGGGACGGCAUCGCCGCCAAGAUCAACGGCAUCACCAGCUGGAAGCGCACCGGCCAAGAGGUGCAGAAGCGCUGGAAUGACUUCAAGCGCCGCACCAAGGAGAAGCUGGCCCGCGUGCCGCACUCCACGCAGGGCGCCGGGCCUGCCGCUGAGGACGCCUUCACCGCGGAGGAGGAGACCAUUUUUGCCAUCCUGGGGCCGGGCGUGGCGGGGCCAGGAGCUGGUGCAGGGGCCGAGCCUCCCUCCGCGGCGGCUUCCUCACAGCCGCCGGCCGCGAGUGCCGGCACCCAACGCUACGUGUUGUCCGAGGACCGCAGGGAGGACCGACGGGCAGAUACACCAGCCCACAGCAAGGGGGGCUCCAGCAGCCCCGAGCAGUGGGCCCGGCCCUCCUGCAGUCCCCAGGAAGGGGGCUGCCCGCCACCCAAGGAGCGUGAGUCCCCGCCCCCUCCAGCCCUGCAGACUGUGCAGCUGCCCCGCCUGGCCUUGUCUCCACCGCCCCCAGCCCCUCCGCCGCAGCCACCACCCCAGCCACCUCAGCAGGUGCAUGUGGCACCCUCGUCCCCCAGCCCACCACCUCCUCCGCUGCCACCCCCCACGCCCUCAGCCUCAGACCCCUCCCUGGACUUCCUGCGGGCUCAGCAGGAGACUGCCAAUGCCAUCCGGGAGCUGGCUGGCACCCUGCAGCAGGGACUGGCCAAACUGAGUGAGGCUCUCAGCGCCCUACUGCCCCUUCUGCCCGGAACGGCCGUCGACAGGCUGCCCCCGCCUCUGCCCCCGCCCCCGCCCCCACCCCCCAGGCCCCUCCUGUCCCCCCCUACCCCCAAAGCCGAGAUCACCCCAGAACCCGUGUCCGUGGUAGCUGCUGUGGUGGACAGAGCGGUGGUCGCAGCCAGGGGAGUGAUCAUCGCCCCUAGGAGCGAGGAGGGGACCCCCCGGCCACCCCCAGCCCCGCUUCCUCCCCACGACUCACCCCCACACAAGAGGAGGAAAGGCUUCCCUACGCGGAAGAGGCGGGGGCGAUGGAAAUCUCCGUGA